AUGCUGUCCCAUUGUUACAACUACCUGUUGCGCGCUCUCGAAAACCUGUCGACUCGACUCUCUACGGACGCACCCGAACUUCCUCCUUGGCUGAGCGUUACGCCCGAAUCGAUCUUCAUGGUGUUGCGAACGCUCGAGCUCCGGCUGGAAACAAAGAAGUCGACCAAGCCCACAAUGUCGGGCCACGCCCGCCAGAGGUUUCGCGCAAACCCACUCACACCGUUCAGCGGUAUACCCGGGGUGGUCGAGAACUUGCGGUCGCGCGUGGACAUCAGCGUUGCGCAUGAAUUGGAACGCAUCAAGUACAGCUUCCUCCGGCUCACGGACAACGAGGUCGUGCAGAUGGAUGUUGUCCCGCCCGACGUUCCGCGCUCGGCGAGUGCACGCAAGUGGGUGAACGACAACAUCGAGAGGAUCGUCGACGUGGCCGCCACAGCCGGGCACCGCUCCCACUACUCGCUCUCCCGCCAGCUCGACACCCAGGGCGGCGACAUCGUCCGCCGGCGGAUCGAGGGCAUGGGCGUGCGCUUUCUCGGCGGGACCUUCGCCGACGGCCUCGUCGCCGCCGUCGGGAGCCUCCCCGCGCUCCAGGUGCUCGUCGUCAGCGUCCUGUGCUACCUCGUCGCGGACCCCCCGUGCGCGGCCGAGACGUUCAUACGCGCCCUCGACCUGGACGCGUUCACGCGCCGGCUGUGCGGCGCGUGCCCCACCCUGCAGACGCUCGGGGAGCAGUGCACGGAGUUCGAGCUGUAUGCGGACAGGGUAGGAUGGGUAAUCCCGGACCCGGGGGACGAGAUUUCUGCAGAACCGCGCGGCACGGAGUAUGUGGCUGGGGAGGUUAUCAGCGAGGGUGCCGUACACGACGAGUUGCGUUCAGAGUAG